AUUGCCCGGUUUCUUUUGAAAGAACGUCAACUCUAACGGACAACCGGUACUCUCUCUUUCACGUUCACGUUGUUUCAUUUCCACUCAUUGACGGGUUUAGGGGCACUGAACACUCUCGUUCUCGUGCUGUGCAGAAUAAUGGCAGAAAACAUGUUCGCUAUUUUCCCUGAUAGCCGUUUGGCAUCGGGACAUGCGAGCAAAGGAGGUGUAGCCCGCCCCAAGAAAACUGCAUUGUGUGAUGUAAAAAACACACUCCUUGGCAAAAAAUCGAAUUUGAAUGAACCCUCCAGAAAGUUAGGACAACCCGUGCCAUUGGAAAACCCAUGUAAGCCAUCGGCAAAAGAAUUUGUAAAGGAAACACCUGGAAAAGUAACAUUGAAGCAAGGAGGAACUUUUGCGAUAGCUUGUGAUGACAAGGAGAACCGAGGCUACUGGGAUGCCUGUGGAGAAUGCAAACAUGAAGAUCCAUUUUAUGAGGUGCGUUCGCCUUCUGAGCGAUUGAAAACAGCUGAUGUGAAUUUUCUGUCAAAGGGACUGUUAGCAUUGGACUUAAAGAAAGAUAGUUAUCCAGACCAUCCAUGUGUUGAACCUGUCACGGAGGAUGUUGUUGAAGCUUGGUGUGAUGCUGUCGACACUCCACUUCUUUCUACUGUGGAACCUCUUCAAUUCAAUUUUUCUGAUGAGGAAUAAGGGACUAACAAGAAUUGAAAUUUCUCAACUAAUAUUGUUUGUUUGUAUUUCUUGCCUAUUUAUUUUUUAAUCUAGUGCCAACUGCCUCCUACUGUGAUGCAGGCAGUUUUGAAUACUUUCAUAACGAUGUGUGUAUAGAGUCAGCAAUUAAAUGUGAUGAAGUGAGGUAUUUGUAUUAUUUUAUUUUUUUCAAUAAAAAACUUUUUAUUUUUUCA